UCGAAAUCCCGCCGUGCGACGCGGUUUCCCCCAACAAUAAAAGGCCGCGUCCGCCAGCACCGCCACGCAUUCCCACCGCAAAACCCCGCAAAGAUGAACUUCAAGGCGCUGGCGGCCGCCGUGGCCCUCCUGGCGAUCUGUGCCGAGGCAAGGAUCAUCGGGUCUGACGGCGGCGACCAGGUCGACCUGGCCGACAAGGACCUGGACCUGGGCCUGGACCUGCAGGUGCUCGGCGCCGGCCUGGGCGACAAGCUGGUGGCGCAGCACCGCUUGGAUGCGACGACGCAGUCCCUGGACGGCAUCCUGAGGGCCGUGCAGGACGUCCUGAACCGCGUGGACGCCGUGCUGCAGGCCACCUACUCCGCCGUGCUGAACGCCGUGACCGCCGCCACGCAGGCCGCGCAGGCCGCCACCCAGGCCGCCGUCAACAGCUGGAACCAGGCCCUGCAGAACGUGAUCAACCGCAACGACGCCGUGAACGCAGCGGUGCAGCAGUGCCGCGCGCAGCAGCCCACCCUGCAGAGCGUGGCGGACGCCCUGGGGCAGGACGUGCAGCUCUGCGUGCAGAACGCGUCGGCCAGCGCCACCAACACCCUCGCCCAGCUGCAGACGCUCCGCGUCGAGGCGCAGACGCUGGCCAACGACGCACAACAGGCGAUCGCCGACUGCCGCCCGUCCGGCUGGCUGGCGGCCGUGUGCGUCAUCAACAAGCUCCCCCGGCUGACGGCGGAGAGCCUGAGCCUGGUGGGCGACGCCACCCGCCUGGCGGCGCAGGUCACCGGCCAGCUGGUGGUGCAGAUCCCGCUGCGGAGCGCGGCCUGCGUCGGUGACGCCAUCAACACCCGCGGCGCCGCGGCCAACGCCAUCAUCACCGCCGUGAGGCAGUGCGUCGACGCCAGCCUCAACCCCGCCACGGCCGCCACGGCCGCCACCGCCACCUCCACGCCAGCGCCGUCCGGCUGAACGGACACACCGACUCAAACGCCGAAAAUCAGGAAAAUCAGUCUCUGCCCGAGACUGCCGUCCUGGCGGAGCGCGCCCUGCUAGAACGGUGACAUUAAAAAAAUUCAAACGGCA